GUCACCAUGGUGGCAUACAACAGAGAGCACAGCGGCGGCGGACCUAUCUCCACUUUUAAGACCCAUUAAAAAGAUGUUAAUAUACUGAAUUUAUCUCAGUGAGUGUCUUUGGGUCUUACCUCUCCUAUAAUGGACGCCAGGUUGUUGUUAACGGGAUAGCUUACUUUUUUUUUGUCAGCUUUAGGUGGAACUAACGUUAUAUGUAAUUUAUUUUUCGUCGCUAGCAGAAUGCUGGCUGCUGAAGAGACAAGGAAUGGCUUUGAUGAACGCUGGCUUGAAUAGAGGGACAUUUUUACAUUUUUUUUACAAAAGAGACACUUUGAGUAGCGGGUUUUUUUAAAAAAAGAAGAAGUUUCGGUGGGACCGGUCGGUGUUCGGCAGCCGAGGUUUCAGCUCGGGCAACGUUUAGACGUACACCCCCCCGAGGAGACUGCUGUCUGGCUCCAGUCGUGGCCUGGCUCCGGGGCAACUCCCCAGCUUAUCCGCUAAACAUCGGACCACAGGCGACAAGAAGACAGCAACACAGCAACGGGGGGACUUCUUUUCUUUCUUUUACAUACCGUGGCGCUGGAUAGUUAUAAACGUUUUAUUAUUUAGGAUAAAUCCAGUGUCCUCCCAGACGGCGUCUUCCCAAAACAAUGGCGUCUUAUGUGGAUAACAGCUUUCGGCAGGCUGUGAUGAUGAAUCCGGCUGAAAGGACGCAACAGGACCUGGAGAUUGUCUACUCGUAUCUCCACGGGAUGGAGGCCUUGUCCAACCUGCGGGAGCAUCAACUGAGGAUAAUGUGCGAGACGGUGCGAUAUGAGAGACAUGAGGCCAAUGAAGUGCUUUACUACCCUGACGACAUCGGAAGCUGCUGGUACAUCCUGCUGUCCGGCUCCGUCUUCAUCAAGGAGUCCAUGUUCUUGCCCAGAAGCAGCUUCGGGAAGCGAUCGGCAGGCAGCCUGCGACGUGGAUGCGAGUGCAUCGUCCUGGAACCCUCAGAGAUGAUUGUGGUGGACUAUAUGGAUGAAAAUGAGGAGUACUUCCAGCGGCAAGCCUCGCACAGACAGUCCCGUCGGCGCUUUCGGAAGAUCAACCAGAAAGGGGAGAGGCAGACGAUCAUCGACACCGUGGAUCCGUACCCCACCGGGAAGCCGCCCAUAGCCCGGGGAUACCACACGGAAUGCAAUAAACCUCAGCUCCCCGCAGACUUCAGCAGACUUCACCUGGCCGACGGCUUGCACCCACAGGUGACCCACGUCUCCUCCAGCCACUCAGGAUGUAGUAUCACCAGCGACUCUGGAAGCAGCAGCCUGUCAGACAUUUAUCAGGCCACAGAAAACGAACCAGGCGACAUGGACCUGAGCGGCUUGCCAGAGACCGCCGUCGACUCCGAAGAAGACGACGAUGAGGAGGACAUCGAGCGAGCGUCGGACCCCCUCAUGAGCCGGGACAUCGUGCGGGACUGCCUGGAGAAGGACCCCAUGGACAGGACCGACGAUGACAUCGAGCAAUUACUGGAGUUCAUGCAUCAACUGCCAGCAUUCGCCAACAUGACCAUGUCAGUGAGGAGGGAACUCUGCGCCGUCAUGGUGUUCGCCGUGGUCGAACGCGCCGGCACCAUCGUUCUCAAUGAUGGAGAGGAGCUGGACUCGUGGUCGGUGAUCCUGAACGGUUCGGUGGAGGUGACGUACCCCGAGGGCCGGACAGAGAUCCUGUGCAUGGGGAAUAGUUUUGGGGUGUCGCCAACCAUGGAGAAGGAGUACAUGAAGGGCGUGAUGAAGACCAAGGUGGACGACUGCCAGUUUGUGUGCAUAGCCCAGCAGGACUACUGCUGCAUCCUCAACCAGGUGGAGAAGAACAUGCAGAAGGUCGAGGAGGAAGGAGAGAUCGUCAUGGUGAAGGAGCAUCGCGAACUGGACCGCACCGGCACCAGGAAAGGACACAUCGUCAUCAAGGGCACACCGGAGCGUCUCACCAUGCACCUGGUGGAGGAACACUCAGUGGUGGACCCCACAUACAUCGAGGACUUCCUGUUGACCUACAGGACCUUCCUCUCCAGCCCCAUGGUCGUGGGCAAGAAACUCCUGGAGUGGUUCCACGACCCCAGUCUCAGGGACAAGGUUACACGGGUAGUCUUGCUGUGGGUAAACAAUCACUUCAAUGACUUUGAGGGUGACCCUGCCAUGACUCACUUUCUGGAGGAGUUUGAAAGCAAUCUGGAGAAAGAAAAAAUGUGCGGGCACCUCAGACUGUUAAAUAUAGCGUGUGCUGCUAAAGCCAAGCCGCGGCUGGUGACGCUGACCAAGCCGUCCAGGGACUCUCCACUGGCCUUCACCCUGCUCGGAGGUCAGGAGAAAGGCUUCCGCAUCUUCAUUGACGGCGUGGAGCUUGGGAGCAAGGCAGCAGAAGUCGGCCUUAAGCGUGGUGAUCAGAUCUUGGAGGUCAACGGGCAGAACUUUGAGAAUGUCCAGCUCAACAAAGCCAACGAGAUUCUGAAGAACAACACCCACUUGUCCAUAACUGUGAAAACAAACCUUUUAGGUCUGUGUCCUCCCUCCUUUCGUCCAGUGUUUAAAGAGCUGCUAACGAGGCCAGAGCAAGACCACGAUUUGGACGGCGAGGAGGAACACGACAGAAAGAACGGCGCGCCCCACCUUCCAAAGAUCGGAGACAUCAAGAAGGCCAGCCGCUACUCCAUCCCCGACCUGGCGGUGGACGUGGAGCAGGUGAUGGGCCUGGAGAAGGUCAGCAAGAAAGCAAAGUCCAACUCGGUUGGAGGACGCAACAAGCUGAAGAAGAUCUUCGACAAGACACUCACCAGCAUCCUGCCUCCUAAACCAUACAAUGACGUUUGCGUGGGCCAAUCGCAGGACGACAGCAUUGUGGGGAUGAAGCAGUCCAAACAGAUCGCACCAGCGCUGCCCGUCAGUGGGAACCUGUCGUCGUCAAACCCCGACCUGCUGCAGUCUCACCACCGCAUCCUCGACUUCAAUAACCAGCCUGUACCAGUCAUACAGAAUAUGUCGGACCAGGUAUUACGAGUCUUCAAGGCCGACCAGCAGUCUCGAUACAUCAUGAUCGGGAAGGACACAACGGCUAAGGAGGUGGUGGCGCAGGCUAUCAGGGAGUUUGCCCUGACCGCAGCGCCAGAGGCUUAUUCUCUGUGUGAGGUAUCCGUCACACCAGAGGGCGUCAUCAAACAGAGGCGGCUACCAGACCAGCUGUCCAAACUGGCCGACAGGAUCCAACUGAGUGGCAGAUACUACCUAAAGAGCAACAUGGAGACGGAGACGUUAUGUUCAGACGAGGACGCUCAGGAUCUCCUGCGAGAGGGCCAGAUCUCUCUGUUACAGCUCAGCACGGUGGAGGUCGCCACUCAGCUCUCCAUGCGGGCCUUCGAACUCUUCUGCGCCAUCGAGCCCACCGAGUACAUCGACGACCUGUUCAAGCUGCGCUCCAAGACGGGCUCGUUCAGCCUGAAGCGCUUCGAGGAGGCCAUCAACCACGAGACCUUCUGGGUGGCCACGGAGGUGACGCGGGAGCCCAACCAGCUCAAACGCAUGAAGACCGUCAAGCAUUUCAUCAAGAUCGCCCUGCACUGCCGCGAGUGCAAGAACUUCAACUCCAUGUUCGCCAUCAUCAGUGGUCUGAACCUGGCUCCAGUCUCCAGACUGAGGGGAACAUGGGAGAAGCUACCCAGCAAGUACGAGAAGCUGUUCGGGGACCUGCAGGACCUCUUCGACCCCUCCAGAAACAUGGCCAAGUACAGGAAUGUCCUCAACAAUCAGAACCUCCAGCCUCCGAUCAUCCCCCUGUUCCCCGUCAUCAAGAAGGACCUCACCUUCCUACAUGAAGGCAACGACUCUAAAGUGGACGGCCUGGUGAACUUUGAGAAGCUGAGGAUGAUUGCCAAAGAAAUCCGCCACGUUGGUCGCAUGGCCUCCGUCAACAUGGACCCAGCCCUCAUGUUCCGGACCAGGAAGAAGAAGUGGAGGAGUUUAGGGUCCCUAAGCCAGGGUAGCGCCAAUGCGGCGGUGCUCGACGUCACCCAGACAGGCGGGCACAAGAAGAGGGUGCGACGCAGCUCCUUCCUGAACGCCAAAAAGCUUUACGAGGACGCCCAGAUGGCCAGGAAGGUCAAACAGUACCUGUCCAACCUCAGCCUGGAGACGAACGAGGAGGCUCUGCAGACGCUCUCGAUUCAGUGUGAAGCCUCCAUCAGCACAUUGCCCAAGAAUUCCGGUGGGAAACGACCAGACACCUCCCCGGUCGUGUCCAGAGCUGCCAGCCAACAGAGGGGCCAGUUGGCCAAAGGAAACCAGGCCCUGCAGGUCCCCGCCGUGGCCCUUUACCCAUCCCGAAAGAAAGUGCCAGUCAAGGAUCUGCCGCCUUUUGGCACCAGCUCCCCCCAGUCUCUGAAGAAGAUCCUGUCUCUGUCAGAGGAGGGGAACGAAAGGCACCGGAGGCAGCCAGAGGACACCGUGUCCAACGCCUCCUCCCAGCUCUCCUCCCCUCCCACCUCCCCCCAGAGCUCACCCAAGAAGGGUUACAACAGGAUGGGCGACGCCUACUCGGACUCCGGUCACAGUGAGAUCUCGUCUCGCUCCAGCCUCGUCAGUAACUCCUCUUUCGACAUGGCCCAGGAGGAGAGGAGGCUCCGUCACUCUGGAGGAGUCGGGGAGUCACACAUCGUGGGACAGCGGCUGGAACGAAGAGCCACCACCGACCCCGACCAGUACAGCCUCGGGUCAUAUUCAUCGAUGCAGGACUGUCGGGGCAUUUACACCGGCUGCCCUACGGUGCUCUCCUCACCCAGCUCAGAGGAGCUGACUCAGGAUCAGGGCGAUCGCGUUUCCCUCGAUGCCGCAGACAGCGGCCGCGGCUCCUGGACUUCCUGCUCCUCUGGUUCCCACGACAACAUCCAGACCAUGCAGCAGGGGCGUAGCUGGGAGACUCUGGCUUUCGGUGGAGGCGGAGGCGGUGGCGGCAUCGGAGGGCUCCCUCCCGGCGGACCGGAGGCCUUAUUAGGGGGGCCCGCUGCACUGUGGGCCGCCCAGGCCAGGGGGAGCUGGGCAUCCGCUAGCUCCUCCUCAUCCUCAGCUGCGUACUGGGGAGAGGACUCUGAGGGAGACACCGGCACCAUUAAGAGGAGAGGAGGGAAGGACGUCAACGCCGACCCGGAAACAAGUAGCAUCACAUCCACCGGGUCAGAGGAGGCCAAGCAGAUCGGCCGGCCUUCCCCGUCACCCAUCACCGCUGGGGGUAAAGGACUCCUUUCGCGGAAAGAAAGCCGUUACCGCGAGCCUCCCCCGACUCCCCCCGGCUACACCGCCCUGACCAUCUCCGACCUCGCCGAAGGGCAGCACCCAGCCCCGUCUGUCCCCACGUCCACGGCGACCCACUCGGGCCGCCGGCCGCCGGACUACACCACGGCUCUGCAGCGCUCGCGCAUGGUCACCCAGUCGCCCGACUCCCACCUGGCCCACCAGGGGGCCAAGCAGCGGGCGGGCGGCCUCCACCGCACGCGCUCGCCGGCCGAGGAGCAAGAGGCUGAGGAGGAAGAGGAGGGUGAGUCCUUGUCUUCCAAACUAGUCGCUCUGAGGAAGCCAAAGCCAGUGGCACAGCAUACACCUGAGACUCCCAGACCAUGAGAGUGUGUGUACGGGGGUUAACAGGCAGGGCCCCUCUCCCCAAGGCAGAGGAUGAACAGGUGUCGGCGGUCUGAGGGGACACCAGCGGACGUCCUUUUUGCAGUAACUUGAAGUCCCCCUGGUUCGGGGUGGGCAGGAUUAAAGAGACUGACAGAUAGACAGACCAAUGGACUCAUCAUCAGUUACGUACGUGCCUGCCUCCUCCACUUGGCUCUCCCUCCUGAUUGGUGGAUUCCUCUGCUCGUCUCCCUCCCCUGCCUUAAAGCAUCAUAGGGGGUUGAAUGACCCUGCAUGCAAAAAAUACUGUGAAGAAGAGAUGGAGAGAAGGUCAAAGACGAUGACGAAAUGCCUGGCACUUUGGAAAAAUAAGACUACAGAAACCUAACUGGUGCCGGGGGGGGUGGUCGACCUGACCUGGCCGCAUAACCACAAAAACCACAUAGAUGUUGCUGUUAGAAACCGGCCCCCAACCCAGAGACAAACACACAACAGCAUCAUGACGUGUUGAGCUUCAUCUGCACUUUCUCAUUUUCUACUUUCUGAAAAAAAAAAAACAGAACAAAACAGACUAUCGUUUAAAAAGACGGAGAGAAACAACGGUUGACUUGACUCUUAACAUUUUCAACUUCCCACUAGAUUUCUUUUUUUUUUGUUUUUGUUAUUUCCUCUGACUGAUUGCACUCUGGGGGCCGAAAAAGAGAAACCAAGUCA